AUGGAUAAUGAUCUAUCUUUUGCUGCUAAUCAACAGAAAAAAUCAAAAUACUAUAAUAAAAAUAACAGUAAUUCACAAAAUUAUGAUUCAAAUAAACAAAGACUACAAGAUAAUCGACCACAACAAUUCAAUGAUCGUUUAAAUCAACGCAGUUCACCAAAAUCUUAUCAAGUAGGAGAAGAUCCGAUUUUGAAGCAGGGUCAUCAACCUCCUUAUAAAGCUUCGAAUUAUCAAAUGCAAGUAGCGGUUACUUCAACAAAAGAAUCAAACAUAAAUCAACUAAAUCAUCAGAAGUUCCAAAUGGAUCAUUUGAAAAGAGCAGUGACACAUAAUCUGCCAUGUUUUUUUGUUCAGUUUGAUUCUAAUUUGCAAAGUCGUGAUUAUCCAUCUGCAGUUAAAGCUGGUAAUGAUAUUUAUAAACAUUUAAUCGGGAACAAUGUUAAAAUAAACAAAUUCUCAUUAGUCAGUUAUGCCGGGAAACAAUUGAAAUCGGGCGUUAACAAUAAAAAUGAUCUGUAUGAAUUACAUAGAACGGAUAAAUGGCCGAAUACAGUAAUGAAUAAGAAUGUUAAAAUAGUGAAACCAAAAUCAAUUGCGUCACAUUUUUCGUUAGUAUUAAGAUAUGUUCCAAAUAAUAUACCUGAUGAUUUUGUUUUCAGUGAAAUAAAGAAGUCGAUUAAUAGUGCUGAAAAGUGUCACUCAAUUGUUUAUGCAUAUGCUAGGACAAAGAAAGAUUAUCGGUUUAAUGUGGGAGACUUAGAGGAGUAUCACGAAGCUUUAAACUUGGGAAGUAUAGCAGUAGGGAAUUAUUUACUACCAGUUACGCCUUAUUUACCUGCAAAUAAACUUACGUACUGUUCCAAGUGUUUCAAAUUAGGCCAUAUCGCUGUCGAUUGCCAAAGUCAGUACCCAAGCUGUCGAGUGUGUUUACAUAUUUUUGACAAUAAUCAUAAAAAUCAAUGUGACGGAAGAUUUAAGUGCGCACAGUGUGGAGGCAAUCAUUUUUCCCUGGACGGAAAUUGCCAGAUGGUACAAAACUAUCGUUUAGAACUGAAUAAGGCGGUCAAACAAGCGAUAGAAAAAGGCGAAUUAAAUUAUGAUGCUGGUCCACUACGGUUAAAACAAACAAAACAAAAUGAUUAUCGAUAUGAAGAAAAUACAUUCCCUUUGUUAGUUAGAAAUGAUCGAUUUGGGGAGAAUCAUUGGAAAAUACAACAAAAUAAUAAUAACCAUAACUACGUUGAAAAUAAAAAGGAUUGGAUAGAUAUAUUAACAAAACUAGAUACCAAAACAGACCAAAUGGUGAAUGAAAUAGGUUUGAUUAACAAAAAACUAGAUAAACAAGUUGCAAUCAGUAAACGGAAUGAAACAAAUAUAGUUUUGAAUAAAGUAAUAACGACGGAGUGCAUAUCAAUACUAGUGGGUUUUAUCAAGGAUAUUGGAAAACCAGUAGCUGAAUUAGUUACAAAUGAUAAGGGGGAAAUAACAAAAAUUAUAGAUGAUUAUGCUAAAAAACUACUCAAUAUCGAAGAACGACUGCGUAUGAAUUUUCAAUUCGAAGAUAUGCCAAUGGGUCCGGAUAGAACAACAACAAAUGAUGAAGUUAAUUCUGAUAUGCCUAUGAACAAUAACUCAUUAUUAACAACAAUGAUACCGAAUCAAAAUAGAGUAACAUCUUCAGUGGAAAUAGAAGUAAGAAAUGGUCCAGAAGAAAACACGAACAUCGUCUCAUCAAUAUAA